AUGGUGAUAGUGGAGGCCGACCCACGACCAUUUCUGCCAUUUGCAUUAUGUUUUGAGGCCAGGUAUUAUCACGAUGACCUUGGUCCUUUCAUUUUCUUUGGAAUCAACCAGAAUGGUCGCCCUCAUGGUGUCACGGCCCAGAGGCUCAUAGAAGAAGGUUUGGCCGGUUCUCUAGAGGAUUGGAACAGACCUUUGGCACUAAACCUCCUAAGUUCCGAUGUUUAG